AUGGAAUCAGCAAGAACUCAAAAAGGGGAGCGGAAAAGGGUGAGCAAUGGGAGUGAAGAAGGCUGUAAGCAGAAACCAAUGUAUAGAGGAGUUCGAAUGCGUCAAUGGGGAAAAUGGGUAUCAGAAAUCAGAGAGCCAAGAAAGAAGUCGAGAAUAUGGCUCGGAACGUUUUCUACAGCCGAAAUGGCAGCUCGAGCUCACGACGUUGCAGCUCUGACGAUCAAAGGCCGCUCGGCUUAUCUCAACUUCCCUGAGCUAGCUCAGGAACUUCCUUGUGCCGCUAGCUCAUUGCCGAAAGACAUUCAAGCUGCUGCAGCUAAAGCUGCUGCUCUUAGCUACCCUAGCUGCAGCAGCAGCCGCAGUCAUGAAUCCAAAACCGAACCGGCUCAAGAUUCAUCGUCUUCAUCAAAAAAUGAAGAUGACUCGUUUUUUAACCUUCCUGAUCUGCUAUUAGACGUUGGAAAUUAUCGUAGCACUCAUGAGUGUUUUUCACUUGUGGAUGCAAGUUUCAGCAUAGAAGAGCCUUUCUUAUGGGAUUAG